AUGCCUAGACUGCCAUGCGGAACUCCAUUGCAAGUCCUGAGAAUCCGAAAACGGGACUCAGUUACUGUAAGUUCCGAUAUCUCUGAUAAUAGUAUAGUGCUACAACCAAUAUCAUCAACUGCUACGUUGCAUAUCCAUACGCGGCCUGAAGACAGUGAUUUCACGGUUCCACAAGUCCAACUUGAUGUGAAUUUUUCGGAGAUCCAGUUGAACUUCAGUUUAUUUCAAUAUCAUGAUGUGACUUCUUUCUUGGAUGCAACGGAUAGAAUGAUCACUCAAAAUAAGUACCGGAAAUACCGCCCGCAAAUCCCUACGAAAGGUCACCCGAGUAUAUGGUGGAGAUAUGCGUAUACUGCAAUUCUUGAAGAAUCGAUCAGGCGACGGCGUCGGAUGUGGUCCUGGGCAUUUAUUCAGAAACACCGGCGCAUGGUCCGAGAUUACAUCGUUUUAUGGAAGAAACAACUAAGAGGCGAGAAAUUCACACAGGAACAGCAGAAAACUUUACAGGACUAUGAAGACGUGCUCGAUGUGUUCAACAUUGUACUUUGCCGACAGCAGGCUGAACUUCAACACAAUCAAGGUAAAAGCAAGGAAGCAGCAGAGAAAGCAAAAGGUAGCAGAAUGUUCAGGUGGUUUUCGCGUUCACCGUCUAUUUCAUCGGAUACCAGUUCCUCAACGGAUUCGUCCCAAUCGGAUGCUGACGUUAUCAUGAAGCGACUGCAAUCCGAGAUGACUGCUGAGGAGAAAGCCCGCCUCUAUGAGGCAAUUAAUUACUCGGAGGCGGUCGCUGCACCUGGGAAGUUUCCACCGACAUACGUUUCCAUGGUAAUUUCGGUCGCCUUGCGUCAGUUGAGCUUCAUCCUUCUGGACGACAAACUCAGCGAUCCACAAAUUCUCAAAGUUGCCGUAAGCAAAUUGACAGCUGACGUUGAACAGCGAUCGGGCGACCAAGCGCUGGGCGUCAAGAUUAGCCUCGGUAGUUUGGAAGCAUUAGGCGCUUGCCCUUCUCUUGAGCAGGCCAAAUUGGCUCGUUCUUCGAACCGCCCGUUGAUAAUCAGCAGUUCUGCAGUGCAGCUGUCAUCGGAACAAACUAAACAUGAAAUUGCAGAUAAACACGAGGAAUUACUGCUUGUGGAGUUUGAGAAGAAUCCACUGGAUCGGCGGGCAGAUCAACGGGCUCUUGUACGCGCUUCACCCUUGCAAAUUGUUUAUGAUGCUGAAACUAUCAACAAGAUUGUUCACUUCCUGACCCCUCCCAAAGAUAUUCGCUUACAAGAACUAUCGAGUCAGGUGAUGUCUUCUCUUGAAGAUGUGAAGGAAGUGACGGUGAGUGGCCUGAGACAUCUGGUCAGUCAAAGGGCGUAUACUGAAGUUCAGAUCGAUGUUCGUCCCAGUUACUUCAUUCUUCCAGAUAACGGUGUGUUUAGAAGAGAGUGCCGUCUGCUGCUUGUGGAUUUGGGCAGCCUAACUGUUCGAUCUAGCCCGACCAAAUCACAGCAGAAGCUGGCACUGAAAAAAGGGGAGAGUGAAGUCCCGAUUGGUACGGAUGCCUUGGCAUCGCUUGGUCCUCAGUCUCGGAAAGCAGCACACCCCACGUUUGAGGAACUUAAGGAAGAUGCGUACGAUGUUUACGCGAUAGCUAUUUCCUCGAUGCAAGUGAUCAUGGUGGAAAAGGACGAAGACUGGCGUGUUUUGCGUGAGAACAACAAGUCACCGAGUCAUGUUCUUCGACCGUUGGGGAUGAACUUCAACUUGAAGCGUUGUCUCCUUCACAAUGAUAUCAAUUUGCCCGGAAUCCUCAUUGAUGGCUGCCUGCCCGUGUUUAGUGUGGAUCUGAACGACAAAAUUGUGAAAUCCUUGUUUGAACUGGUCACCAACGUACCUUUUCCUGAACCUGACAAACGACUGACAACUCCAGAGAGCCCCUCAGAUGUUCUUAAGGAUGCUGUUGUUCUCCCCGGUGCGAUCCCAUCUCGAGACGUAUUGCGUGCUGCUCGUCAACUAAAUCGCAGUGCCAGUAUGUCAACCGUGGGCAGCUGGUUUUCAGAUAAUCUGGAUGAGUUGGAGGAGGGUGAGGAAGAAGAUGCUGACUUGCUGUCCGACCACAGCGACGAUGAACCGGGCGAUGAGGGCCCAAGAGAAGAUCAAUCUUUAGCCACCCGCUCUUCCAAUUUGGACAGUGGGGUUGAAGGGGAUGAUGUGCGAAUCAAAGCAAACAAGGCAGCUCGAAGAAUGCAACGGGAGGCGGCCAUUCGUCGCCGUCGAAGUGCUAAUUUGAUUGAUCUCAAAAUAGAAUUCGUGGUACGCAUGAUCCAAGUACAGCUCAUCCAAAGGGCCGAGCAACAGUCUAGUCAUAAGGGCAUAGACACAGUAAUCUUGGCCUUGACGGUUCACGACGUGGGAACCCAGGUUCUGAAACGCCGCUGGGAUCAAGAGUUGCACGCUCAUGUGGGAACUUUGUCAGUCUCAGUGCCACGCUACUCUGACCGCCGAACGGGUGAACCCCUGUGCUUGGCAAAAACAAAGCGCCAUGUAGAAGGCCAUCAUUUGCUUGCCGUCCACCUACUUGUGGCUGAGAAAAGCUGUCCUGACUUCGUGGUACGCUACAAUAAUGUCAGGCAUCACCUACAGUGCGAGUUCAAGUCUUUGGAGCUCUGUGUGCACCAAGAGGCCACACUUCUGCUCAUUGAUUUCUUCACUAGUCUUCUUAAUCAACUUGUUUUACCGUCCGAACCCGAAGAAGCGGAAAUGAAACCAGAAGCCGAGCUUACAGGAGAGGCAGAAUGGGCUGCUAAAGUUGGUGAUAAGGAAGGACUCGGUGCUCUUCAGCAGCGUGCUGCUCUGGAGGACGCAGCCGCCAAGGAGCUUCCGGUUCGAUUAACGGCAGUAGCUGCAAUUGAAGGACACCUUGCAAGGAAAUAUGAACGUCGUGUCAUUCGCAUCGAUGCUUCCACGUCGGCAGCCAAGUCUGGCCAAACUAUGCUUAUUCGUGAAAUAGAUAUGACACAGUGGCUAAUCAAUGCCACCUUGGAUAAAGUCUCUUUGACAUUGUGUUCCGAAAACUCGGAUGUCUUGUCCACGACGAUACAUGGGCUACGUGUGGACAUACAAAUGACGUAUUUGACCAUAGAGCUGUCCGCCAUACUCUCGGAGCUCAGCGUGACUGAUCGAAUCGAAUCUACGAAUUACCGUAAGAUAUUAUGGGUCGACCCAGCAGAAAGUAUCGUGUCCCUCCAACUGACGCAAUUCACUCAGGGUACGCGAUUGCUCGACAAUGCAUAUAAUCCAGACAAAGUGGACAUGGCCUUGAGUCUUCAAAUCGGAAAGGUGCACUUGGUUUUCCUGAACCACUUCAUCAUGCGCGUUGUGAACUUUAUGAAUGCGUUCCAAUCGAAAACUGAGGCGAUACUGAACAAGGUUCAUGAUCUCUCCGAUGCUGCUGCUCAGCAGGUUCAAGCCGCGGCCAGCCAGUAUGCUCAGUUCCGUCUAAGCCUGAGCAUAGUUGCCCAAGCUCCCGUCGUCUAUAUGCCACAGCAUUCCUUCUCCACAAAGCACUCAAUGGUGGAUCUAGGCUGCGUCACCUUUUGCAACCAUUUCGAGUUUAUCGCUUCCGAUCAAGGCCUCGAAGAUGCCGUUGGUCCGAUUCCAGACCCAGGAAUAAUGUUAGAACGUACAGAAAUUCGCCUGGAGAACUUACGCCUCAGCCGGGCUGUGCUGGCAGAAACUUCGGUCAAAACGGAAAAACCCAUAAUUCAUCCAAUCAAUUUCGAACUUCGGAUGCGACGCAAUCUGAGUUCAAAUGCCUAUUCUGGCAUUCCAUUGCUGUCAGUCAAAGGAGGUCUGAAAGCUAUUCAUAUUUCUUUGUGCCAAGGGGACUAUCGAGUUGUGCAGGAAGUGGUGAUGGACAAUUUUGCCGAAGUGCCUGCAACUACUUCAUCCCAGAAACCACAGGAGCGACCCAUCGAAGCAUCUAGAACCGUGACCGUUGCCACAGACAAACCGCCAACAACUGCUGUUCGGUUUUCUGUAGAGAUGGAUGCUGUGACUCUAGAACUCUUCUCAGGCGAAGUCUCCGCGUCUGAUUGGCAAGGAAAGCUUCCGGCUGACAUCCAUUUGGCCCUGUUUAGUCUCGCAAAUCUCAGCGUUUCUGGCCAAGUUGCUACGGAUUCGUCAUGCCGAAUCGAGACAAAGCUCUCCAGUAUUCAACUGACCGAUACUCGUCCACAUCCGCAAAAACAAAUUACCAAGGUGCUUGAUCAUGCCGGUACCGCAGGCAGCCAUGAUGAGCUUAUCUACGUAGAAUUUCAUCAAAACUCUAAGAAACAACAGAAAGUAAACAUCAAACUGCGUAGUAUACACUUGUGCGCAUCAAUGGAUUAUCUCGUGGCUCUGGCGGAUUUCCAUUUGAAGAGUUACCCACAGUUGGAAAAACAAGCGCCGGUGCUGUCGCCAAUUACCGAAUCUGGGAAGCGCAAACGACGAGAAGUUCCUCCGCGUACAAAACCAAGGCGCCGUCAGGACCUCCCACCUCCAACGGAAUAUCCGAACGAACUGGAGCUGCUGGUUGAUGUUGGUGGUCCUGAGAUUGUGCUUGUUGAAGAUAUUUACAACAUGCAAAGUAAUUCUCUGAAGGUUUCGGCGACAUUCCAAAUGAAGUACAAUAUUUUGAAGGAUGUUGCGGUCAUGGACGCUUCUGUCAAGGGCUUGAUUGUUGUUGCAUGUCCAUACAACGAACCAGUGCACGGAAGAUUUUCCAAAGAAAUCCUUUCCCCGACAGAAGUGAGUUUUUACUGUAAGCAGCCGAUCAACGGGAGCAUGCAAGGGUCGUUGCAUAUCGACGCCAUCAUGUUGAAUAUCAACCCUGGAACAAUUCAGCUGGUUGGACACAUCGUCUCAACGAUACAAGCGACCACCAAUCCACAGAUCUCAGGUAUUGGUAAACCAGCAACAGCCGCACUGACUGAUGGUGCACAAUCAAAACUGCAAACGAUAACCUCUGAUGAUACGAGCGUCAGUUUGUGGGACCCCAUUCCACUAGAGCAAUUAGAUUUGCCCUGUUUAAAGUUAGAUGCGGAGUCUUCAGACGGUAAAUCGGAGUCGGAUGCCGUUUCGGCUGGCUGUGAUGUGUCGAAGGUAUUGGAACAAAUGGAGGACAGGCGUGCGGAGAAGAUCGUGAUGAAAAUGAAAACGUUGCGCGUGGUCUUGGAAUCCCAAGUUGGCUCACGAUCAAUGCCAAUGCUUAUAUUGGAGUCCACUGUCGAUGGCGAAAUCAUUAGUCCCAGUACAUCAAUGGAACUGAAAUUGUCCGUUGACCUGUCACUCUCCUAUUACAACGACGAACUCAACCAGUGGGAACAAAUUCUGGAAACUCUCCCAGAGGAGGAAGAUCGCAUGUGGUCCAUGCAGAUUGAAAUGUAUACGACUAAUUUGGAGGAUUUGCUUGCCCAAGAAGACUUGGACGAAGUUGGAUGCUUGCAGGCUUCUACCCAAACUAUCCUACUUGUGUCCAGAGAUAAUAUGGAGCUGAUGUUAUCAAAAUCUGCCCUGGAUAUGCUGAGCAAGUUGGCACGAUCUUUUGAAGCCGCUUACAAGCAACAGGUGACCGAGUGCGAGUAUGAACUUGGUGGACGGACAGCUGCACCAUAUCGUAUUCAGAACCGAACCGGGUGGCCCAUCACUCUGCGCGUGGAUACUCAUUCUCUACAAUUAGUCGACCGAUCUACAGUCCGUUGCGUGCGCAAAUCGCUAGUUAGUGGCGCCUUGCGACCACCACUGAACGUCGUACAACUAGGACGCUUGGGUUCCCCAGUCGCCGGAUCAGUCCCUUCACCAUUGACUGAUAAGACCGCAAUUGAAGAACUCGAUGAUGGCCUUUACGUUUUACCGACAGGACAAGAGGUUGGAUUUACUCAGCAAAGACAAAACUCACAUAAAAAGUUGACGAUUCGUUCAAUGGCGGAUAAAGCACCGCGUCAAGUUGUUCGAGUUUCUUGGUCUCCAUCUACUUGCUUAAAACCCCCAGCGAAAAAGUCUGAAGUGUCGCUGCAUCUUAAUUCUGGUAACAAUUUUCUGCUGCACCUACCGGGAGCUGUUGAAUAUCCCUCGGGAGGAGGCAUUUUCAGAGAUCCUGUACCAUUCCCCGUUGUUGCUGAAGUUCAAACGCAUUUGGGUAUGCGCGUAGUGAAUGAUACGUCAGAUAAACUAUGUAUCUAUUCUCGCGUCUCCUGGGUAUCUAAAGAUGGUCGCCCGGGACGAUUGGCUACCAUCGAACCUGGAGAGGUUUAUGCUCUCCCAAUUGAGAUUGUCAAUUCCCAAGAAACCACCGGUAUAUUCAUUGGUCCUGACCUUGGCGUGACUACUAUGUCGACCUGUGCUGCUUAUUGGCCUGAAACGGCAUGUUCGACCCAUGAUACUGGGCAUUAUCAGGAGUUGGUUUAUCUCUCCCCAUUAGCUGAGCGAUCUGGAUCGACAGUCAACACGCAGGCAACUUUACAAACCAUUAGUGAGGCAGUGGCUAAGAGUGCUACAUCUAGUAAACCGAGAUUCAAUUGGCCUGUGCAGUUCAUCCAGUGCAAGUCCAAUGCAUCCAGUUUGAUCUACUACUACACAAUCACAACUAUGAAUGGGAAGCCUUCUGGUUCGGGUAGUGAAUCCCAACUUCGUGCUGCACAGAUGGAAAGAAUCACGACUACCGAGGCAUACGAGUGCUAUGUCACAGACUUUCAAAUGCUCAUACGAAACUCCGUUGUGUUGCACAACCAGCUUCCCAUUGCACUCAACUAUAUACUGUCGGAUGGUAUUGGCGAAAUUCCUGCUGGUAAUCAUUUUACGCUGCGGACUGUCAAUCCAUCAAAGGCUGCUGUUGACGUAUGGUUCGAGUACGACAAUCAUGUUUACCGCGCCAAGAUACAGAUUACUCCCAAUAUGGACGAACUUACGGUUGUCACAUUUGAGUCACGUGAGGGCUAUGAACUGCUAACUUUGCAUUUGGGAUUGCGCAACGUCUCCAACCGUGGACAAGUCGAGCUCACAUUGUACGCACCUUACUGGAUGAUUAAUAAGACGGGUAAAGACUUAACCUACAAGUCAACCGAGGACACGGAAGUCAACCAUCCAGCAUCGUUCCAAGGUGCUUUACUGUUUUCUUCACUUGCAAAAUCUGUCUUCGGCAAAAGAAAGGCAAGUGUGAAGAUAGAUGAUUCCAACUGGUCUGACAAAUUCUCACUGGACACAGUCGGAAGUUCGGGUCGUGUCAAUUGUAAAACGAAACAGAAAUGGUCCUAUGAGAUUGGCGUCAAAAUUGACUUGUCCAGCUCUGGUCUCACCAAGAUUGUCACGCUGAUGCCGUACUUCAUGCUUGUCAAUAAGUCCGGGAUCGACCUUGAGUGUAACGAGGUCGAUGAAACAACGGGUGAUGACCGAUCGAGCACUGGUGAGUGGAUUCGCGUUCCUGCGGGUGAGGCCGUACCGUUUUGGCCACGAGCCAUAACCUCCAAGAAAAUGUUGUUGCGCUGCCGCAUAACAGAACAUGUGGUCACCAACGUCUUCCCGUUCUACGAGUCCCAUUCAAUAUUGAUGAAAUUACCAGGAAAGUACGCUGGUGUAUUUGUCGAAGUGCAGACAACAGAAGAGGCCACAGUAAUCACGUUACAGCUUUAUCAAGAUGGAAUGGCUCUAGUUCGCGUGGUGAACCACUUGGGUGACUGUCAGCCCGUUUAUUUUCAACAGCGAGGUGUAGAUAAAGUACAUCAAUUGGAUGCCGGUAUGUCAGUUAUGUAUGCAUGGGACUGUCCUCAAGCAGAACGUGAACUUCUAUUCUAUUGUAACAAGAACGAUCGUCCCCAGUCAAACAAAUUAACCGUGGACAUCGUUGAGGAGUUUUACGUAAACGACACCAAAGCGUAUUGGGUUUCCUUCCUCUGGAAUAUGCAACGCGUUCUCCUUUUUACACAAGAUGUGAAUGCCGCUAAGAAUGCUCGUCUGAGCGCUGACCUUGAGAAAAUAGAACAAGAAAUCGUCGUGUCCUUACAGUCAAUUGGUCUGUCUUUGGUGGACAACUACAAUCGUACAGAAGUGGCUUAUUUAUCGAUUACCAGUUCGGGUGUCCGCUGGAGUCAGGUCAAACGCGGAAAUAGAUUAAAACCACUAAAGGCGGCCACUAGCGAUAGUUUGGAACGAGCCUAUACGGCCUACGUCGAUCAACUACGAGUCGGUGAAUCAGUGCGUGGUUUGACCAAGCUGACAGACGUCGGACGCCCCAUAGAAGUAGACUUUGGACAGAUGAUGAUGAUCCAACCCGAUCAGUGUGAACUCCGCCGGGCUUUUGAACCUGGUGUCUUCCUGCAGUACAAAACUUCCGCCAGUCAAAUGCAAAUUCAUGCGAAAAUAUUUCGGAUUCAGCUCGAUAACCAGAAACUGGACUGUACAUUCCCGGUGGUCUUGGCCCCCUAUCCGCAACCGAAGUCUGUGGCUCUUGAUUCAGGACCCAAACCCCUGAUUGAACUGUCGGCGAUUAUUGCUAGGACUGCUAAUCCUGGCUCGUUCCGUUUCAAAUACUUUCGGGUUCUGAUCCAAGAGAUGAUGCUUAAAUUGGAUCAUGGGUUUUUGAACGAUAUGUUCGAUUUCUUCAGUGGGAGCGUAACCAGAGUUUCAGAAGAAGAAGCGUUCAAACAAGACUAUCAGUUGAUUCAAAAUCGCCUGAUGGAUUCUCCCAUACUGUUAACUCACCUACAAGAUGGCAAUCGCUCCGUGUUUGAUAAUUUUCACAUAUCACCUAUCAAGAUGCAUGUCAGCUUCUCUUUGACGGGCAGCAGUGAUGGCAAAAAUGUCGCUUUUCCCAGUGAAGUCCUCAACCUUUUCCUUCAGUCACUCGGUGUUGCAUUAACCGAUGUUCAAGAUGUGAUUUUCAAACUGGCAUAUUUUGAACAUCAGGCCUGCAUUAUGACUGUGAAUCAAAUGCUUUCGGAAAUGAUGCGACAUUAUGUAAGCCAGGGGAUACGUCAAAUGUAUGUGCUUGUUUUGGGUCUGGACGUACUGGGUAAUCCGUUCGGUGUCCUACGUGGAAUGGCACAAGGCGUGGAAGAUUUGUUCUAUGAGCCAGUCAAGGGUGCUGUGCUCGGUCCAGAAGAGUUCGCGGAGGGCGUCGCCUUGGGAGUGAAAAGUCUAUUUGGUCACGCUGUUGGCGGAGCUGCUGGCGCAGUGUCUCGAAUUACCGGUACAUUGGGAAAAGGCGUGGCGGCACUUACGCUGGAUGAAGACUACAAGCGUCGUCGCCGGGAGCAGCUUGCUCGACGUCCGGAUAGUUUUGGUGCCGGUCUGGCUCAGGGCGGUCGUGGGUUGGUUAUGGGUGUGUAUCAUGGAUUAACUGGUGUGCUGGUCAAGCCCGUUGAAGGAGCAAAGAAGGAAGGUGUUGAGGGAUUUUUCAAAGGUUUCGGCAAAGGGCUCAUCGGGGUUGUCACACGCCCUGUCUCGGGAGUGGUGGAUUUCGCUAGCAGCUCUUUUGAAGGGAUCCGGAGAAUCGCAGACACAGUCGAGGAUGUUGCUCGGGUAAGACCUCCUCGUUACCUACAAAUGGAUGGCAUUAUCCGGCCGUAUGAACGGAGACAGGCGGAAGGCCAUUUAAUUCUGCAGAGGGUGAACAAGGACAACAACUACGGGCAUUAUGUGUUUCACAUCAGUGCUUCAAAGGGAAACAACUUUUUGCUCCUGACCACAACUGACCUGCUCAUCGUCGAAUGCAUGGAUCUACUCGGCACUUGGACAAUCCACUGGACUACAAAAUUGGACGCGUUGGCUGAAGUGCCACUGGUCAACCGAACCGGGAUUCUCAUCACUUUGAAGGAGAAACAGAAGAAAAUAUUUACAUCAGGACAUCAAACGAAGCAGUUCGAUUGCGCCACAGAUGCCGCCAUGGCGUUUGUACGAGAAGUUGAUCUGAUCAUGUCGAAACGAGACUCGCUUUCAAAUAAAUCAUGGUUGUACGGCAGUGAAGCAUCGGUGUUGAACACUGAUGUCAUGCUGUCGAUGACGAUGAUGAUGACCAACCAAACGUACGUUAACGGUAAGCUAUCGUCUGCUUGCUGUACACAUCCAGAAAAUCGUAUUCGAGAGGAUUCAUUACAAGGCUACUAUAUAGAAACAGUGUUGUAG